CUCAGACUCUUCAGCACACAGAAAAGACCAUGUCAAAGACCUGAUUUCUGUGUAAACGGCUGUGACACCUGCAGGGUUUGUGGAUUGGCAGAAACAAUGAACGCCUCACAGCAGAUUCACUUCUCUUCGAACAGGAGAGUUGAGACAGCGAUCAUCGCUUCAGUAUUUGCUCUUAUCUUUGUGCUCGGCACAGUGGGAAAUUGCCUGGUCCUCGCUGUACUGCUUCGCAAUGGACAGAUGAAUGGCAAGACGACUAACAUGUUCAUCCUGAACCUGGGUCUCGCUGACCUCUGCUUCAUCUUGUUUUGCGUUCCGCUCCAGGCCACCAUCUAUUCCAUGGACGAGUGGGUGUUUGGAGCAUUCGUUUGUAAAGUGGUGCACUUUAUUAUCUAUCUGACCAUGUAUGCCAGCAUCUUCACACUUACUGCUGUCUCUCUGGACAGAUAUUUAGCCAUUUGCUACCCCCUUCAUGCUAGAGAACUGCGAACCCCACAUAACACUCUCGCCUCCAUCGGAGUGGUGUGGACUCUCUCGCUGGUGUUCUCCGGUCCCUACUUUAGCUACUACCAACAGAUGGAUCUAAAUGGAACCACUGUGUGCAUCCCUGCCUGGGACAUCCAGAGCCGUAGAGCCAUGGACAUUUGUACUUUUGUAUUUGGCUACCUCGUUCCCGUCUUGGUCUUGGGUCUUACAUACGCCAGAACCAUCCGCUACCUGUGGACCAGUGUAGACCCCAUGCAGGAAGCAUGUGAGAGUCGCCUCGCCAAGCGCAGGGUGACCAAGAUGAUUGUGAUCGUAGCAGUUCUGUUUUGCCUUUGCUGGCUGCCACACCACCUCAUCAUCAUGUGCAUGUGGUUCGGCCAUUUUCCCCUCAACCAUGCCACCUAUGUGCUACGCAUUCUUUCACAUCUAGUGGCUUACACCAACUCCUGCCUCAACCCCAUCGUGUACGCUCUGGUGUCUAAGCACUUCCGCAAAGGUUUCCGAAAGGUGUUUGGAUGCAUCUCGCAGAAACGGUUGGCGAAUCAGGUGAACAUGGUUCCACAGGCACAGACAGUGAGCCUGGUUGAGGUUGGAUCAAGCGACGGGUCCAAUCAGAGUGACGCAUCGGCUAAGGUUCGAUUCUUGAGCAAGAGCCAUGAGAAAACAACACUGAGUGCCUUCAUGACCUUCAACGUUACUUAAUCUUGGCUUAUGUAACCUGUGUGAAAUACUGCCUCACGCAUGUUAAUUCCUUGGUGUAUGUGUAUCUCCCUAGAUUUGUGCAUUCAUAAGAGAUAAACAGAAGUUUCCCUAAGAGCAUGAAUGUAUGCUUUACACGUAUUACUUUCCUACUUUUUUGGUCUUCAACAAGAGUCAUAGAAAGUUAGCAGCUGGCUCUUUUAAUGGGACUUAAGCUGCUUCUUUAGAUCAAUAGAACUCAUUGUAGACUGAGGUUUACAAAAGCCGCUUCUUAGAUGAUAACAGUUAUUGUGGUAAUAAUCUGACCAUGGAUCAAAACCAUUUAUGUUUACACUUAAAUCAGAAAAGAAUGAACCUCAUCACAACGUUAGCUGACCAACAUGCUGGCCGCAGAAGACUGGUCCUUUUGGGAAAGUAAUUCAUGUUACAAAUCUUAAAAUAUUUUUAAAAAUAUAAGUGACAUGUUGCAUGGACAGUGAGACAUCCAACAAACAUUUCAAAGAAGAAUAAUGUAGGACAUAAAUCCUUCUUCUUGUCUUUUGUUGAAUAAGGACAUUUGCAGGACGUUGUCUUUUAUGGCUUAAGGUGAAUGAAUUCUCAUCUGACGUGACUUAACAAUGACUAAUGUUGCCAUAAUUUUUUUGAAAAAAAAAAAAAGGCAUAGACAUUUGAUCUGAUGACAUUUUCUGUGUAUAAUAGAUAAAUCUGUAUUAUACAGUCAGUGUAAAGCAAUCAGACUUGAUUCUUCAGUCAGUAUUGGUAGUGGGCUUAGACAUUUAGAUCCUAGUAUCGCUCAACUUUAAAAUGAUUUAACAUGUUAUUUUAAAUGUAGUACUCCUCUUAGACCGUCUGUUCAAUUUUGAUUAUACGGAUCGUUGUUUGGAUCAAAUUCAUAGCAAACAUAGCACAUAUCUACAGUAAUUAACUUAUAGUGUCUAGUACUUGGUACCAAGUAGGACUAAGUCAUAUUAUUAAGGAUGUCACAUUUGACUCAAAUUUGAUUCGCAAAAUUGACAAGAUAGCUUAAAAAAAAACUUUUAGCUGUGGAAACUGCUAGCUAGCUAACCUAAUUGAUCAUACCGAUGAACAAGAUUUUUUGUGUUCUGGUAUAAUUUGAGAUUUAGAUAGCUGUUAAACUGUGAAAAUGCAGGAAUGCAAAUUAAGACUUGGAUACUCAGAGUCCUCUCAGGUUUGCCUGGGAUAAAUGUGACAAAUAUUUACCAAUGUGAAAUGUUUACACUUUAUUUACAUGAGCAUCUACCAUACAAGUCCCAGUUAAUUAGUUCGUACUAUAGAAACUUAAAAUGAGCACUACUGCCAGAGCUGCUGUUGUAGAAAAUGAAUCAACCUUCUGACCAAUCAGUUAUGUAAACCAGGUUAUUCGAUAAGAUGGUCUAGUAACAGAUAAUCUGGCAAUUUAAAUGUUCUUAUCUUGUAUGUUUAUCCCUGUGUGUUGUCAUCUCCUCUCUCUCUUCACCAUGUGGAACGACCUUGGAGUGAAGGGCAAUAAUAUAAACAUGCCAGUGUUCUGUCAGUGAAAAAAACAGUGUUGCAGCUUCAUUUAACAUCGCAUGGCGUAUGUGGUUUGCUGUAUGAUGUGUGACCAUGUCACAGGGAUGCCUGGGACUCACAGAAGCUCAGACGUCAUUGGGCUUCUGAUUUAUUUUAUUUAAUCUGUUCAUUAAUGUUCAUUAAUUUCCAGGUAUAA